GGAAACGGAAAAUGUGAACAGCCAGAAAGUAGAAAACAUUAAAUUGUUCAAUUGAUAAACAUUUGGGGUUUUUGUUUCUUGUGAUUUUCUUUAAUUAAACUUUAAUUUAAUUGUAUUUAUUUGAACUGUUUUGUGUUAAUUAAGUUAAAAUGGCAAAGAAAAAAGUAUUCAAGAAAAAGGGACGAGCCCGAACCAAUGCCCCAACUUUACCAGUUGCUCCUAUGAAAAAGAAGCAUGAAAAUAAUACUAUGAGAACAAUUCAUAUUAGAAAACUUUGUCUUAAUAUUUGUGUUGGAGAAUCUGGUGACAGACUGACCCGAGCAGCCAAAGUGUUGGAACAAUUGACCGGACAACAGCCUGUCUUCUCUAAAGCUCGUUAUACAGUUAGAUCCUUUGGUAUUCGUAAAAAUGAAAAGAUUGCUGUUCAUUGUACUGUACGAGGAGCUAAAGCCGAAGAAAUUCUUGAAAAAGGUUUAAAGGUUAAAGAAUAUGAAUUAAAGAAAGAAAACUUCUCUGACGGUGGUAACUUUGGAUUCGGUAUUCAAGAACACAUCGAUCUUGGAAUCAAAUACGACCCUGGUAUUGGUAUCUAUGGUUUAGAUUUUUACGUGGUUCUUGGUAGAGCUGGUUACAAUGUAGCCGAUAGAAAAAGAAAAAACAACGUGAUCGGACCUCGACAUCGUGUAACAAAAGAGGAAUCAAUGAAAUGGUUUCAACAGAAAUAUGACGGAAUUUUACUUCCUGGGAAGUACUCGAAAUAAUAUUUUCAAAUUAUCCACUAAACCAACUUGAACCAUUAUCAAUUGAAAACCUGUAAGAGUUUCUGGUUGAUUAAAUGUUAAAUGUUUUUCUCUACUAAAACAGAAAAGAUAAAUCAAUCAUAAAUCUUUUACAAUCAAA